AUGAAUGUCGCUAUACUAUUCCUUUCGUUAAUUAUAUCCUCGUUUGCUGAAAGCAUACCGGUGGAAACACAGGUUCCAACUGUUAGACAUCACCAUCACCAUAACCAUCACAAAGAUCGUCAACAGAUUUUGGUUGAUAUAGGCUCGCCAGCUCCUACUAUUGCUUUGGUACAGAGAGAUGGUUCAAUGCCAACCAUAACCGGGAAACCUACCUUAGCAGCAACCUCGUCCGCAACCUCCUCCUCAUCCACAACUUCCUACUCAUAUAGCAUAGCGAUACCUGUAGGCAACGAAAAACUGUCUGGUUCCCCAUCUAAUCCUUACAUCUAUUCCUCAUCGCUACCAGACAAUCUCGUGUUUAUUGUCGUUGGUGCGAUUGCAGGAUUACUAUUGAUCAUACUUAUCUUAUUUCGACUCAUUACUUGGAUAAUCGCUAGACGCAGAGCAAAGAGCGAAAAAGAAGUAUACUUUGCAAAUUUCAACAGCGGUGGCUUUUAUGCUGGCAGCAGCAGUGCCAGUUCUUUCAAUGGACUUACAACUCCUUCCAAUUCGUCAUUUUUGGAAAAGGCGUCCAUGGCUUCUACCUCCAAUUUACUCUUAUCCAAGCAUAAUUCUAUUAUACAAUCGCAUUUUGAAGAUAGCAGCAAUUCCAGCAGCAGUCAGCAAGGUAGAUCUUACCGUGACGCUGUCAUGGGUAAUAAUAACAGCAACGCGAAUCUCAGCAACGCUAAUAAGCGUGGUUCGAUGUUCAUAAGUCCUGUGUUAGAAGUCAUGCAUAGCAGAAGUGCAUCCCAAUUAGAAUUGCCGUUGUAUCAUAAAAGCAUAUUCCAAGCUCCAAAUGGAAGUGUACUAUCAUUACUAGACCCCGGUACACCUACGUCUACAAACAACAAUGACUCUCUAAACUACGACAUAUACGGAGCUGAGAAGUUCAACUUGUUGCAGAACUACACCAAUAGUGACAUUGAGCUGAAUGGUGAGCUGGUCAAGCCACAACAACAACCAAAACGCUCGAGACCUCCAAGUCAGUAUCUUGAAGACUUGUUAAAUGGUGAAUUGUAG